AUGCUUGUCGACAGCGCGGCGUCUGCGGGCACGUUUUUUCCUCUUUCCAUCUGGGCUUGGGGCGGCCGCGUUGACAAGGGUUUGCGCACACCGGGGAGACACAUGCCGCGUAGGGGCGUGCAGCGUUGGAGGGCGGCCCCGCGGAAGGGAUUUCGAGGGCCGGGGCGUGAGGCACCCGUGCACUGCGAGGGGGAUCGCGCGAGGCGGGCAGAAGUCCUCUUUCGGCGCCCUCGUUUUGUCCGAGGGGACCAGUAUAGCGUGCGGAAACCGCCCGGACCCUGUCGACCGAUGUUGGAUUGGCAGCCAAAUGUUGAAGAAAACGCGACACAAUUUUCCCGUCUCGCUCUCCUUGUCUUCUUUUUUGGGAAUGAGGAAGCCGCAGACUUUGUGGAAACCCCCGAACUCUCCCCUGAUGGAGCUUUGCUGGGUGAGACUUGCGGUGGUGGUGGCCUUCAGGAUGUCCGUGCUGUAGCUACAAGGGAGGAGGCGGCGCCACAUGCGUUGCGUGACGUCGUCAUUCCACUAAACGUGGAUAACAAUGAGGCCAUGAGCCAUCUUUCCCGUCUGUUGGGAUUUGCUGCUUCCUCACGCAAGGGUGCUCACUGCUCGCGCAAUCCAGCGUCCUUUCGGCCGCUUUUUUCUGCUGGCAGUGGACACCCUCGCGCGACGCGUCCGUGGGUAAAGGUCUUGCCAGAAUUAGGCAAUAUGCCGGGGGAGAAUGGAGAUGGCGUCUACAAGCUGCUGACGGAUAUGGAACUGCGGCAAUGCCCCAGUUACACGGCGACCUCGCGAGGGCAAUCCCGCCGCCUCUGGCCAAUUGGAAAGUACGGCUUUAGACUGGCGGAGCGAUUACCUGCGGGUGCCGCUGCGUUGGCUGCAUCCGGUACGGCACGGCAGCGGGGCACGAAGGCCCUUGCUCUUCACUUUACUUUGCCCGCUCAUGCAUACAGUAUGGCCUUCUUUAGGGAAUUCAUGGCAAUCGAGGAUUGCGCACCUGUGUCACAUACUCCCGUUGAGAGCCACCGCCCUCUGGAGACGAAGCUUCCUGUGGAUGCGGCGGACAAGGAUGAAGUCGUGGUAGAGGUGACCGUGCCUGGUGGGGAAGGUGUUGAUGGUGACCUCUUGGGGAAACUGAGGAUGAAGUGA